GGAGAAGAUAUUGUAAGCACAUGGUCCAAACAUUUGGGAGAUAUGAUCACUAUCAGGAACGCUGGCGCUGGAGAUGUUGCGGUCCCGUUCUUCCAAACCAGCUGUCUUUUCCGUAACGGACUCCGGCGGCGCCUUAGCCAAGGCUUUGUCGUCGUCCAUUAUCAAACUGCGCCACCAGGAUGA